UGCCUUGGGAAGUCCAAAUCAUGGAGAUGCUUGAAGAGGACUUCGGGGACAUGUCGCCCCAGCAACUGGCGGCACCUGUCAGUACGGUUGAGGAAAAAUGGAAGCUUCUCCCAGCCUUUCUGAAGGUUAAAGGCUUGGUGAAGCAGCACAUAGACUCCUUUAAUUAUUUCAUCAACGUAGAGAUUAAAAAAAUCAUGAAAGCUAAUGAAAAGAUUACCAGCGAUGCUGACCCAAUGUGGUACCUGAAGUAUCUUAAUAUUUAUGUUGGAAUGCCAGAUGUUGAAGAGAGCUUUAAUGUUACCAGACCAGUGUCCCCACAUGAGUGUCGUCUGAGAGACAUGACCUACUCAGCACCCAUCACAGUGGACAUAGAGUACACCAGAGGGUCUCAGAGGAUUAUUCGGAAUGCCCUUCCCAUUGGAAGGAUGCCUAUCAUGCUGCGCAGUUCUAACUGUGUCCUAACCGGAAAGACUCCUAUGGAGUUCUCCAAACUCAACGAAUGUCCUCUAGACCCAGGGGGCUACUUUAUUGUGAAGGGUCAAGAGAAAGUCAUUCUGAUUCAGGAACAGCUGUCCAAAAACAGGAUCAUCGUGGAGCAAGAUCGCAAAGGCGCAGUGGGAGCGUCCGUUACAAGCUCCACCCAUGAGAAGAAGAGUAGGACAAACAUGAUUGUGAAAAAGGGUCGUUUCUACCUCAAACACAACACCCUGUCUGAGGACGCUCCCAUCGCCAUCAUAUUCAAGGCCAUGGGUGUGGAGAGUGACCAGGAAAUUGUUCAGAUGAUAGGCACAGAGGAGCACGUGAUGGCUGCUUUUGCCCCGAGCCUGGAAGAGUGCCAGAAAGCUCAGAUUUUCACCCAGACACAGGCGCUGAAAUAUAUCGGGAAUAAAGUCCGUCGACAGCGGAUGUGGGGUGGGCCGAAGAAAACCAAGAUGGAGGAAGCUAGAGAGCUUUUAGCAUCUACCAUUCUCACUCACGUACCAGUGAAGGAGUUUAACUUUCGGGCCAAGUGCAUCUAUCUGGCCGUAAUGGUACGGAGGGUGAUUCUGGCCCAGGGGGACAAUAAGGUGGAUGAUCGGGAUUACUAUGGGAACAAACGUCUGGAGUUAGCCGGCCAGCUCCUGUCUCUGCUGUUUGAGGAUCUCUUUAAGAAGUUCAACUCGGAGCUGAAGAAGAUUGCGGAUCAGAUCAUACCGAAGCAGAGAGCCGCUCAGUUUGACGUGGUCAAGCACAUGAGACAGGACCAGAUCACUAACGGCAUGGUCAACGCCAUCUCCACCGGGAACUGGUCUCUGAAGAGAUUUAAGAUGGACAGGCAGGGCGUGACCCAGGUGCUGUCUCGUCUCUCCUACAUCUCCGCCCUGGGCAUGAUGACCAGGAUCUCCUCUCAGUUUGAGAAGACGAGGAAGGUCAGCGGUCCACGUUCGCUCCAGCCCUCUCAGUGGGGAAUGCUGUGCCCCUCAGACACUCCUGAAGGAGAGGCUUGUGGUCUGGUGAAGAACCUGGCUCUAAUGACUCACAUCACCACUGACAUGGAGGAUGGACCUAUCAUCAAAUUAGCCUUUAACCUGGGCGUGGAGGAUGUAAACCUGCUAUGUGGAGAGGAACUCUCCUACCCCAGUGUCUUCCUCGUCUUCCUCAACGGUACCAUACUCGGCGUGAUCAGAAAUCAUCGCAAACUGGUCAGCACAUUCAGACUGAUGAGACGGGCUGGUUUCAUUAACGAGUUUGUGUCCAUCUCCACCAACCUGACCGACCGCUGUGUCUACAUCUCCUCAGACGGAGGACGGCUGUGCAGACCUUAUAUCAUUGUGAAGAAUGGACAGCCAGCUGUGAAGAACAAACACAUUGAGGAGUUGUCUCAAGGCUACAGAAACUUUGAGGAUUUCCUCCAUGAGAGUUUGGUGGAGUAUCUGGAUGUGAAUGAAGAGAAUGACUGCAGCAUUGCCUUGUAUGAACACAUGAUCACAAAAGACACUACGCAUUUGGAGAUUGAGCCCUUCACUCUCCUGGGAGUUUGUGCCGGCCUUAUUCCUUAUCCCCACCAUAACCAGUCCCCCAGGAACACUUACCAGUGUGCUAUGGGAAAACAGGCCAUGGGUACUAUUGGCUAUAACCAGAGGAACAGAAUCGACACCCUCAUGUACUUACUGGCGUAUCCUCAGAGACCUAUGGUGAAGACUAAGACCAUCGAGUUGAUAGAUUUCGAGAAGCUUCCGGCCGGGCAGAACGCCACAGUGGCGGUGAUGAGUUACAGUGGAUAUGAUAUCGAGGAUGCUCUGGUGCUGAACAAGGCCUCUCUGGACAGAGGUUUCGGGAGAUGUCUGGUGUACAAGAACGCUAAGUGCACCCUCAGACGCUACACCAACCAGACCUUUGACAAAGUGAUGGGUCCCAUGCUAGAAGCAGAAACACGCAAACCCAUCUGGAGGCACAGUGUCCUGGACGCUGAUGGCAUCUGUUCCCCUGGUGAACGGGUGGAGAAUAAACAGGUGCUGGUGAAUAAGUCCAUGCCCACAGUCACCCAGACGCCACUGGAGGGCAGUGCCCAGCCUGGCCAGCCGCAGUACAGAGACGUGCCCAUAACGUAUAAAGGUGCCACAGACUCGUAUAUCGAGAAGGUGAUGAUAUCGUCCAACGCUGAGGAUGCUUUCCUCAUCAAGAUCCUGCUCCGCCAGACCAGACGCCCCGAGAUCGGAGACAAGUUCAGCAGUCGACACGGCCAGAAAGGUGUGUGUGGACUGAUUGUUCCUCAAGAGGAUAUGCCCUUCUGUGACUCCGGCAUCUGCCCAGACAUCAUCAUGAACCCUCAUGGCUACCCCUCCAGAAUGACUGUAGGGAAGCUGAUUGAGCUGUUGGCAGGUAAAGCCGGGGUCCUGGACGGACGUUUUCACUACGGCACAGCGUUCGGAGGAAGUAAAGUGAAGGACGUAUGUGAAGAUCUCAUUCGCUAUGGAUACAAUUACCAGGGCAAGGACUACGUCACGUCUGGCAUCACAGGAGAGCCUUUAGAGGCAUAUAUCUACUUCGGUCCAGUGUAUUACCAGAAGUUGAAACACAUGGUGUUGGAUAAGAUGCAUGCUAGAGCCCGUGGGCCCAGAGCUGUGCUCACCAGGCAGCCAACAGAGGGUCGGUCCAGAGACGGCGGUCUGCGUCUCGGUGAGAUGGAGAGGGACUGUCUGAUAGGCUACGGGGCCAGCAUGCUCCUGCUGGAACGCCUCAUGAUCUCCAGUGAUGCUUUCGAGGUGGACGUGUGUGGGCAAUGUGGCCUUCUGGGAUACUCAGGCUGGUGUCAUUACUGUAAAUCGUCCUGUCAUGUGUCAUCUCUGCGUAUUCCCUACGCCUGCAAACUCCUCUUCCAGGAGCUCCAGUCCAUGAACAUCGUGCCCCGACUGAAACUGGCCCGCUACAACGAGUGAACGGGAGCGGGUAAAGCGUUCAAAGGGUUAAGGCUACCUCGCGUCUUCAGACUUGCUGUAUAUGCAAACACGGAAACGGACGGAAAGCGUAAGGUCACACUUUUCUUCACAAAUAAGAGACGGCGAAGAGGUGUCGAAGCUUUACAGACAUCAGAAAGCCAUUUUUUUUUUUUUGUGAUCACCAUCUUUAUGUUUGCAAAUGAAGAUCUUUAAUUUGUAAAUGAUUUGUUGCUAGAAGCGAAGUUAUAAUCGCUUCAGAGGCAGUUUACAGUUGGCAUCUGCUUGAGUUGGUCAAGCCAAAAGAAAGAUUCUUGGCUCUGAUUUCUGGACAAAUAAAGAAAUCUAUUUGUCAUUGUUUCAUUGGUUUUGCACCUUCACA